GAUGUGACGGACAAGGAGGAGGUGCCAGGCUGGUUGCUAGCGGCCAGUGCUCGACCCGCGGCAUCACGCUUCAUUGUCACGGUUCUCGUAGGCAUCACCGAAGGCCUUGGGCACAAGUCGCACACCCGGCCGAGUCUCCCGGCCCAGUUCUCUGAGCCCUGCCCUCACAGGGCCCACUGUCCACCAUGAAAAGCUCCAGGGCUAUCAGAAGUGCCCCUGAAGGCAGCCCCGAAUGCGCAGACUUGAGUCUGACCGGCCUCCCUCCACCGUUGUCCCGGCGUCCCAGCAGCGCUUCAGCCACUAAGCCCUUUGUGCGCUCUGUCUCUGUGGCCGCAGGUAGUGAGCCGAGGAGGAAGGCGCUGGAGGCCACAGGGCCUGGGAACUCCAGGGCCAUCAACAAUCUUCGAAGAUCUAACAGUGCUACGCAGGUCAACCAGCCUUGGACCGGCUCCCCCAGGACGAGCAGCCCAGGGGCUGUGGCUUGCCAGCCAACACCCAGAACCCCAGUGCCCCCAAUGCCCCAGGAGGUCCACGGAGGAAGGAGUGUACCCUGGCACCUUGCUUCACCGCUAACAACAGGCACAGGCCUUAGGGCCCCAAGGGACCCUCAGGCGAUGCCAUGGGAGAUGCAGACAGCUCCUCUGGGCCGGAGCCUGUGCCUCAGACACGAUCUUGGCCAUCUGCCUCCUAUGCUGACAGCUUCCUGUCUCUCUGGCAGGAGCAACAAGGGAGCUGUGGGCAACUGUGUCACCUCCAUGGUGCACAACCGCUACACCCCCUCAGAGAAGGUGCACCCCCUCAAGAGCUCCAACCAGACCACCCCUUCCCUCAAGGCUCCUCUUCUUCCUGCCAGCAACAUCAUCAAGGCAGCCACCAGUGAGGGCAGCGAGGGCAGCAGCUUUGGGAAGAACCUCGCCAGCAGCAGCCACACAGCCCCAAGUGGAGCUGCAGGGAGCAGCACCCCUCUCAGGCGGAAGGAAGUGACUGAAGAGGAGGCUGAGAGGUUUAUUUGCCAGGUAAACCAGGCUGCUGUCACCAUCCAGCGCUGGUACCGCCGCCAGAUGCAGCAGCGCCAUGCAGGAGCCAGAAGCCUGAAACACUUGCUGGCAUCCAAGCGGGAGGAGCAGCAGCAGCGACUAGGCAAUGGGAACCUCCUGGAGUUGCACCGGCAGAAGGAAGCGGCAAGGAAAAAGGCCCGGGAGGAGAAAGCGCACCAGGCCAGGCAGGCGGCCAUUCAGGAACUUCGGGAAAAGCGAGCCCAGAAGUCAGGGAAAGCUGAGCUGCCCAAGAAAAGCCCAGAGACCAGACUGCCAGGGAGGCCUCUGCCCACCCAGGAGCCUGUCCCAAUGCCAGGCAGCCCUGCUUGCCAGGACCUCAAGACCAGCAACACAGGUGCCAGCAUCCACCCUGCAAGCCCCAGGGACCCCUGCCUGCCCGACUCCAAGUCAUCCCCAGAGCCCCAGCAGCCUCCAGAAGACAAGCGGCAGGACACCCACUCCCAGGACCUGGUUAGCCAAGACCUAGAGACAGUGGCCUCUGUCAGGAACAAGGCCAAGUCCAGAGCGACCCUAGAUCAGCUUCUAGACUCGCUACGGCUGCUAGAGGAGGAGCCGGAGCCACUGCCCUGCCCCAGGACCUAUCAAAAGGACAAAUAUGCCUGGAUCGACGAGGAGGAUGAUACCAGUUCCUUGACAGCUGACAACCUGGAGAAAUUUGGGAAACUCAUUACACCCCCUGGACCGCCUGAGGAGGGGACACUUCUCUCAGAGGCCAAGCUGAAGAGCAUCAUGAGCUUCCUGGAUGAGAUGGAGAAAUCGGAGCAGAGCCGGCUGGCCCCGCAGCAGGAGAGGCUGGUGCCCGAGGUGGGGUGGGGCCAUCCAGAGCUGGCCACCAGGGGAAAUGCGUCCGUGAUGCGGCUGAAGCUGGAGGUGGAGGAGAAGAAGCAAGCCAUGGUGCUGCUGCAGAGGGCACUGGCACAGCAGCGUGACCUCACUGUCAGGCGGGUCAAGGAAACGGAGAAGGAGCUGAGCCGGCAGCUGCGGCAGCAGAGGGAACACUACGAGGCCACCAUCCAGCGUCACCUGACCUUCAUCGACCAGCUGAUUGAAGACAAGAAGGUCCUGAGUGAGAAAUGUGAAGCAGUGGUGGCCCAGCUGAAGCAGGGGGACCAGCGGUGUCGGGAGCACCUGGCCCAGAUGCAGGAGCAGCAUGAGCUGGAGAUUAAGAAACUCAAAGAACUUAUGAGUGCUACUGAGAAAGUCCGCCGGGAAAAGUGGAUCAAUGAGAAGACCAAAAAGAUCAAGGAGAUCACCGUCAGAGGUCUGGAGCCCGAGAUCCAGAAGCUCAUUGCCAAGCACAAGCAGGAGGUCAGGAGGCUCAGGGACCUGCAUGAAGCCGAGCUGCUGCAGCGUGAGGAGCAGGCUGCACAGCGCUACCUGCGCCAGGCCGAGGAGCUGCGGGAGAACGCGGAGCGGGAGAAGGAGGCACUGGGCCAGCAGGAGCGCGAGCGUGCCCGACAGCGGUUUGAGCAGCACCUGGAGCAGGAGCAGCGAGCCCUGGAGCAGCAGCGACGGCGGCUGUACAGCGAGGUGGCCGAGGAAAGGGAGCGGCUGGGCCAGCAGGCAGCCAGGCAGCGCGCAGAGCUGGAGGAGCUGAGGCAGCAGCUGGAGGAGAGCAGCGCAGCGCUGACCCGAGCUCUGAGGGCCGAGUUUGAAAAGGGCAGGGAGGAACAGGAGCAGCGGCACCAGAUGGAGCUGAAGGCCCUGAAGGACCAGCUAGAGGUGGAGCAUCAAACCUGGGCUGCCUGCUGUGCCAAGAAGGAGGAAGCGUGGCUCCUGAACCGGGAGCGCGAGCUGAAGGAGGAAAUCCGGAAAGGCCGGGACCAGGAGAUAGAGCUGGUGAUCCACCGGCUGGAAGCUGACAUGACACUGGCCAAGGAGGAGACGGAGAGGGCAGCCGAGAGCCGCGUCAAACGCGUGCGCGACAAGUAUGAGACAGAGCUUUUGGAGCUGGAGCAGUCGGAGCGGAAGCUUCAGGAGCGGUGCACGGAGCUGAAGGGGCGUCUGGGGGAGGUGGAGGGGGAGAAAGAGCGUCUGCAAGCCCUGGUGCGGCAGAAGGAGAAGGAGCUGGAGGACAUGCGGGCAGAGAACGCACAGCUGUCUGGUGAGCGCAGCAGUGUGACCCAGGUGGUCCGCCAAGAGUUUGCUGACCGACUAGCUGCCUCUGAGGAGGAGAAUCGGCAGGUCAAGGCUGAACUGGCUGAGUUGCAGGCCCGCCAGCAGCUAGAGCUGGACGAGGUGCAUCGCAGGGUGAAGAUGGCCCUGGCCAAGAAGGAGGAAGCUGUGAGCAGCCUCCGGAGGCGACAUGAGGCCGCAGUAAGGCGGGCUGACCACCUGGAGGAGCUACUGGAGCAGCACAAGCAGUCGCCUCUGAGUGGCAAGUGACGCAGGAGAACAGGCCCGCGCGGGCGCUGGGCCCUGAGGCUGGUGCCCAGGGGCUGCGCAGGGGUCGAGUGCUGGGUGAGCGCCUGUGCCCACCCGCUCAGGAGGCCUGUGGUCAGGGGACCUGCAGCUGUGUUUUAUAGUAAAGAGCUGUGGUUUUUAGUGUUCUGUA